AUAACAAGACUAGUAAGAAAUGGCCAUCAACUUUGAAUUUGUGUUCACAUCAUUUAUGAUUCUACUAAUUAGUAGUGUACAAACAAGCUCUGCUCAACUUUCUCGCGGCUUCUACAACAGCACAUGCCCCAAUGUGGAACAGCUGGUUCGCGCUGCCGUGACGCAGAAGUUGCAGCAGACAUUUGUGACUGCUCCUUCCACUCUUCGCCUCUUCUUCCAUGAUUGCUUUGUCAGGGGUUGUGAUGCUUCAGUUCUGCUUGUGUCUCCAACUAACCAGGCAGAGAAAAGCCAUCCUGAUGAUGUGUCGCUUGCCGGGGACGGUUUCGACACGGUGGUUAAGGCCAAGGUAGCCGUUGAUAGUGAUCGUCAGUGCAGAAACAAAGUCUCUUGUGCUGAUAUUCUUGCUCUGGCCACUAGGGAUGUGGUCAACUUGGCUGGGGGACCAUUUUAUGAAGUUGAAUUAGGAAGGCGUGAUGGGAGAAUAUCUACUAUUGCAAGUGUUCAACACCAUCUUCCUAGCCCUAAUUUCAAUUUGGAUCAGCUCAAUUCUUUGUUUAGCUUUAAUGGCCUCUCCCAGACAGAUAUGAUCGCAUUAUCAGGUAACUUAAGUGGAAAAAAUAUGCCUCGGCUGCACACAAUUGGAUUCUCUCACUGCAACAAAUUCUCAAAAAGAAUGUACAACUUCAGCCCCGGAAACAGAAUUGAUCCAACACUGAAUUUGCAAUAUGCUUUAAAACUGAAACAAACAUGCCCUGUAAAUGUUGAUCCAAGAGUAGCCCUAGUGUUGGACCCUUUCACACCUCAAACAUUUGAUAACCAAUACUUCAAGAACUUGCAACAAGGAAUGGGACUCUUGUCUUCUGAUCAAGUGCUUUUCACAGAUCCAAGGUCAAGGGACACGAUCAACUUGUUUGCAUCAAAUGAACAAGCAUUUUACACUGCAAUUACCAAAUUGGGCAGGGUAGGUGUUAACACCGGAAAUCAGGGUGAAAUUAGGGUUGAUUGCACCAAGGUCAAUUAGGAUUUUCGAAUC